AUGCCCGGCCGCGUACGCUCCGACUCCAAGCGAGGCUCCAUCCCGUCGAUGGAGGCCAGCGGGAACAAACUCGUCGACCCCACCGUCAUCGUCGUCCUCGGCGCCAGCGGUGAUCUCGCAAAGAAGAAGACCUUCCCAGCCAUCUUUGCGCUCUUCCAGCAGGGACUGCUGCCGAAGGAUAUCAAGAUUGUGGGGUAUGCCCGGACAAAAAUGGACGAGGAGGAGUUUUACAAACGCCUCACUUCCGGCUUUGACCGGAACAAGAAGGACCCUCUCCUCUCCAAGAACUUUGACGAGAAGCUCGAGGAAUUCAAAAAGGCGUCGACCUACAUCUCGGGCGCCUACGACAAGGAUGACGGCUUCCAGGAGCUCAACAAGCACCUGGAGGAGCUCGAGUCCAACAACGGCGGCAAGUCCAACCGGGUCUUCUACCUCGCCCUCCCCCCAUCCGUCUUUGCGGACGUCGCCAAGGGUCUCAAGAAGAAUGUCUACACCAAGGACGGAACCAACCGGCUCAUUGUCGAAAAGCCAUUCGGCAAGGACACCGAGUCGAGCAAGGACCUCAUCAGCAGUAUCAAGGAGGACUGGACGGAGGACGAGACGUACCGUAUCGACCACUACCUCGGAAAGGAGAUGAUCAAGAACAUGCUUGUCUUGCGGUUCGGAAACGUCUUUUUGGACGGGACCAUGAAUCGCAACUUUAUCAGCAACGUUCAGAUCACCUUCAAGGAGCCGUUCGGGACGGACGGGCGGGGAGGUUACUUUGACGAGUUUGGAAUUAUCAGGGAUGUCUGCCAGAACCACUUGAUGCAGACUUUGUCUGUUUUGGCCAUGGAGAGGCCUGUCUCGUUUGGCCCUGAGGAUAUUCGCGAUGAAAAGGUCAAAGUCCUUCGUUGCAUUCCCCCCAUCGACCGCAAGGAUGUCCUCCUCGGCCAGUACACCAAGGGCAAGGACAUGGAUGGAAAGGAUCAGCCAGGCUACCUCGAAGACGAGACUGUGCCCAAGGGCUCAACCUGCCCCACGUUUGCGGCGAUGGUUCUCUGGAUCAACAACCCAAGAUGGGAGGGCGUGCCAUUCAUCAUGAAGGCCGGCAAGGCGUUGGACGAGUCCAAGGUGGUCGUCCGCAUCCAGUACAAGGAUGCCACCCCCGGCAUUUUCACCGGUAUCCCCCGUAACGAGCUCGUCAUGCGCAUCCAGCCCGACGAGGCUGUCUGGCUUAAGAUGAACUCCAAGCUCCCCGGUUUCGCAACCCGCGCCGUCCCCGCAGAGCUCGAUCUCUCGUACAAGCAGCGGUUCGAGGAUGCCCGGAUCCCCCAGGCGUACGAGGCGCUCAUCCUUGAUGCGUUCAAGGGUGACCACAGCAACUUUGUGCGGGACGACGAGUUGGAUGUGGCGUGGAAGAUCUUUACCCCCAUUCUCCACUGGAUCGACGGCAAGGAUUCCUCCGACAAGCCCAAGCCCGAAGAGUACGAGUUUGGCUCGCGCGGCCCGGCCUCGAUCGACGAGUUUACAAAGAGGUUCGGAUACCAGCGCGACGACGAGGACUACCACUGGCCAACAACCAAGGUGGACCAGCAGUCGAACCUUUGA